AUGUCGAUUUCAAAGUUUGGGAAAAGAUCUUUUAGAAAUGUUGCUAGCAAGUUGCUGAGGUUAUCCUCAUUGGGUGAAAAGAGUUCUGAGGUUGUAGGUAAAGAUGGAAGUGCUAUUAUACAUGCUACUGCCCCUACUGCAAAGCCACUAUAUGAGAUUGUGAGGGACCUGCCGAGAUUAUUUCCUCGCUCAUUAGCUGAGUCAAAGCGUGAUUACGCUACCUUUCACAGUAAUGUUGACUUAAUGCAGUUGGAGUUGCUCCGAACGUUGCCUUUCUUUGAAAGGACAGGUUACAACAAAAGAGCAUAUUUGAGGAAAACUGAGAUAGAUAGUGAUGGCAACUAUAUCAAUGAGCUUGUUAUUGAACCUGCGAAUGUGGACCCGAAUAAGAAGAGGAAAAGACUGAUUUUUGUACACGGAUAUGGGGCUGGGCUUGGUUUCUAUUUGAAAAAUUAUGAACACCUACCAUUGCUGGAUGAUUCUUGGUCUAUACAUGCUAUUGAUCUGCCCGGUUAUGGCUUCUCGUCAAGAAUGGAUUUUCCUUUCCAGUUCCCAAGAGAUGAUACAUCAGUGGUGUGCGACUGGUUUAUAAGUAGGCUACGAACUUUGUUUGAGAAAAGAGGAUUUGAUAAAUCUGAUAAUAUCGUGAUGGCUCACUCAAUGGGUGCAUAUCUUAUGGCUUUCUAUUUGAAUAAAUACCCAGACUCAGUGAAAAAGAUGGUAAUGUGUUCGCCUGCUGGUAUCUCACGAAGUCAGUAUAGUAUUAACAACAAUAUCACUGAAGAUAUUUCCUCUGGGAAAGAGGAAAUCAAACUAAAAAUAAAGAAGGUGCCUUGGUGGUACACAAAGCUAUGGGAUCGCAACAUUUCACCAUUUGUGCUGGUAAGAAAGACAGGAAUAUUAGGUUCUAAGAUUACUUCAGGCUGGACCUACAGAAGAUUUAAACCGAUAUUAUUGAAUAAAGAGAAUAAUUAUGAGCAAUUUGAAAAAUUGCACAGAUAUUCAUUUGCCAUAUUCAAUAUGAAGGGCUCGGGGGAGUACCUCCUCAGUUUUGUUCUCGAGUGCGGAGGAGACCCCAGGUCACCUUUGGAGAAUAGUUUAUUUUCCAGUGAUGCCAAUAAAUUUGGCAUCGAUAAUGCAGGUAUCAAAAACAGCUCUUGUGAAUGGGUGUGGGUUUACGGUGCAAAUGAUUGGAUGGAUAUCCAUGGAGCAGAGAGGGUCACAAAAGAUUUCCUUAUGAACAAUCGCAAGAAAAGUAGAGUGGUGACAAUUCCAGAAUCGGGACAUCACCUCUAUUUUGAUAACUACCCCAUGUUCAAUUCAUUGUUGAUUGACGAAAUGAAAUCUUUGCAGUAA